AUGCGUAUCCACCAUCAGAUUUUAGAUUUGCUCUGGAGUGAUCCUCAAACCGCGUCCGGUUGCCGACCCAACCUAAAACGCGGUGGUGGCAGUUAUUUUGGUCCCGAUGUGACAAGCAGCCGUUUGAGUCAGAUGAAAAUGGGACUCCUGGUGCGCUCUCAUGAGUGCUGUCCGCAGGGCUGGAAGCUGGAUCACGAGCAGUCCGUCUUGACCAUCUUCUCGGCAUCAAACUACUACGGCCAAAACACAAACAUGGGCGCUUUCAUUCAGUUGGUAUCUCAACGUUUCUACGAAUUCACUCCAGAAAACAAGACUCCUGAACACAGAACCACCAUCCUGACACCAGUAGAAGCGACAGCCCUUACCGAGCACACUGCCAAGGGCCCCAAACCCAAGUCUGAUGACCGUUCCACUUCCUUCUCCUCCCAACUGCUCACCUCUCCCCCGUCAGACGCCUCGAAGCUUUUUACUCGCAGUACUCGCAGGCGCAAAGCCAAGGGCAAUGGCACCGACAGGAAUAUUGAACUUGUUAUACAGCCCAAGGUGGUAAAGUUUAAAACAGGAAAAUCCGGCACCGAGGAUCGAGUCGAUCGCAAUGGAUCCGAAGACGCUGCAUUUCAGCUGCUGUGCAAAAGACUGUUGGCUAAGAAGCAAGAGCUUUUGGACGCAUUUCAUAUUUAUGAUCCAGAAAAAACCGGUGAGGUCAGCAUAAACCAGUGGUGCAACGUGAUGGUGAAGGUUGCCGGUUACAACUUACCUUGGCGGAUACUCCGACAUGCUCUGGUUGCAAGUUCAGUCACUAAUCCUAAUACCCAUGUUAUCUACCUGACAAUGUUUGAUUCGCGUAGGCAUCAGAACACCAAAAUAAUGAAGAAACAAGCUCUGAGUGACUGCUACGGCGACCUCGAUCAGAUGGCUUUAAUUUUCAAGGAAUUUGACAACGAAGGUGUUGCACUCGUUAGUGUGAAGAACUUUUGUGCGACCUGUGAGCACCUGCAUUCUAGCCAAGGCAAAAGUUUCGACGCAAAGGCGAUAGAAAAGAUAGCCUUCUUAAUUGACUUCAACAACGACGGCUACAUUGAUUUCAACGAAUUCGUCGAGGCGGCUCGUUUGGUGACCUCUGAAUGACACGCUGCCCGACUGGACCUCCCAUUCAGAACAUGUAUACCGAUUAUGUCUUCUUUUAAGAAAAAUGUUUUUGUUGCCCUCGGCUUGCCUGGAGGCGCUGGAUCUUUUUCAUAA